UGCCCCGCCAACCCAAGCCCUCCACCUCGCUUUCUCUGCCUCAUCAUCACGACCUUGCAGAGGACUUCUUCCUUCAUCCACACAUAUCAUCGAUUGCGUGUGCCAUCGAUACCGAAACAGCCUGGUGCUUAAGACAAAAUGUUCGUUCCGUCACGUUGCUUGUUAUGACCUGCAGAGGAUGCCGCGAUGUUCUUCCCGCGCAUGUGUCCUCCCAACUUCCUUCUCUCUAGUACCCUUCUCAUCCACCUGUUGUGAGGCUAUUUGUAUCGCGCGCGUGUCUUUCUUGCUCGAGAUCCGGUAUUGAGACAGUUCAGUGCUCCUUUAGAUCACCAUGUCGAAGCUCUUCGUAGGAGGUCUUGCGUGGCAUACCGAUGACGCGACUCUGCGCCAGAAGUUCGAGGAGUUUGGCCAGGUCGAAGAGGCCGUAGUCGUCAAGGACCGCGACACUGGUCGCAGCAGGGGCUUCGGUUUCGUCCGCUUCGCCACUGAUGCCGAGGCCGACACUGCUAUGCAGAACAUGAACAACGUCGAGUUCGAUGGACGUACUGUCCGCGUCGACAAGGCCUCUGACCGCGCCGCCGGCGGCGGUGGUGGUGGUGCUGGUCGCGGUGGAUUUGGAGGCGGCUACGGCCGUGGAGGAGGUGGUGGCUACAGCGGCGGUGGCUACGGCGGCGGUGGUCGUGGCUAUGGUGGCCAGGGCGGAGGCCAAUGGGGUCCAUCCGGUGGUCAGGGCGGUGGCUACCAAGGUCAAGGCGGCUAUGGCGGCCAGCGUCAAGGCUACGGCGACCAGCAGCAGGGCGGUGGCGGCGGCCAGUGGUAAAUCCCUUCACGAAACCCCCUUCACGACUUACAGCGCUGUGUGCCACAACAUAAUGCGAUGUGGACUCGAUGUUGGGGGUCUCAGCAGGAGAGUCUGUUGCGUCUGGUCUGCGAUGGAAGUGAUCGUUCGAGCUCUGGUAGACACCGUUUCUGACUAGGAUGGGUGCUGGUGACCCAAUGUGCUUCUUAAGCUUCAUGUAUGAGGAAGCCUGAAGGUUGCGAUUGAGUCGCACUGACGAGAUGAUUGAUACCCAUUGAAUCAGAACUUGCUUGUCUGGGGUCGUGGUUCUGGUUGCUUUACUCAACCUUGCUUACGGUUUCUUCAUAUUUAUGCUCGAGAUUCAUGCUUAAAAAGUUGCUGCUGCUUGCAUUGACACGCGAUUUCCAUAGUAAUCAUCACAACAACGUGAGAUGACAU